AUGCCAUGGCAAGCUCCAUCCCACUCAAAAAUAACCCGCGGGGAGCGGAGCCAGCGCGGCAGCGGCGCUUCCCGGGCAGCGGCCGCCGGGGCCUCUCCCCGAGCACCGCGGGCACCUCCGCGGGCAGCGCUGCCCGGCCCGGCCCGGCCCGGCCCGGCGGGAUCCCCGCCCGAGGCUGCGGGAGCGGGGCGGCCCCCGGGGAGCGGGGGAGGCGCUGGGGCGGGCGGGGAGAGGCCGCGGCGGAGGGAGAGCUGCCAGCGGCUGGGAACCGGCUCCCCCCGCCAUCCUCCAGCGGCUGGGAACCGGCUCCCCCCGCCAUCCUCCGCCCCCUCCCGCCGGGUGUUUGUUGUGCUCCGGCCCCGUCCCGCCGGCGCGUCCCUCCGAGCGGCGGCCGCUGACAGCUCCCCCCGCGCCGCCGAGAAACUCCUGCCUCAACUCCGCGUGUGCGCGGGGGACGCGGCGGUGUCCCCCCCGCCACCCGCCGAGAACCGUGUUUUCCUUCCCAAAAAAAGAGGAAGGGAAGGAGAGGGGGGGGGCAUAACAAGGGAAAGCGACGAGGAACUACCGUCAGCGCACAGGGACUACCCAGGCGACGCUGAAGGCAGCCGAGCGUCCUGGAAGGGAACGGACCCAAAAAGAAGGGGGAAGUCAGCAGGACGAGAGAGACACAUGGAUGAUGAUGAUGAGGAUGAAGAUGAGGAUGGUGAUGGGGAUCCCGAUGCUCCUCCUGCUCCCGCGGCUCCUCUCCUCCUCACCUCCGCCUCCUCCACCUCCGCCUCGCAUCGCUGGCCUCAGCCGCCGCCGACCAGCACAGUGCGACACAUAGACACAGCGACCGCCCGCCCUCCUCCUCCUCCCCUGCCGCGGCCCCACACUGCGCCUGCCCCGCCCGCCCACCGCCCGUCCCCCGGCGCAGACACCCAUCCGCCGCCUCGCCGACCUCACGGGCUGGGCUGGGGCCGCGCCGGGCUGCGGGGAAACCGCGGAGCGGGGCCCGGACGGGACGCGGCGCCACGGGGAGCUCUGCGCACCCCACCCCGCACCGCUGCCCCAGCGCUCCCCCACCCUCGUUAUUUCUUUUUAUUUAUUUCCCCGUGGAAAAGGAAAAGUCCCUUCUGCAUGCGAGCGGCCGUACACGGGCUGCCCUCCGCAGGACGCGGCUCCGCGGGCAGCGCUCGCUGCUCGCCCCGAGCCCCGCGGAGCCCCCGGGCAGGCGGCCGGAGCCCGGCGGGGGAGCGCUCCCCCUUCCCCCGCCGCGCGUCUGCGGCUCGGGGCGGUGCAGGCGGGGGGAGCCGCGGGCGCCCCGGGGGAUGGGAAGGAGGGAGGGAGCAGAGUUCAGCGCUGUGUGCGAGGGAGACAAAGUCUGGGGAGCGUGGCCGCUUUCCAGCAGCUCCGGCUGGAACAGCUGCGGGCGCUGGGGGCGGGGGGGCUCCCCGGGCUGGGGCCCGGCUGGCUGGCUGCCUGCCCGCCCGGCUGCGGGGCGGGGUUAAGCCUCAUUACACGGGAUUUAACGUGUCCCGGAGGCCAGCGGGGACUCGGGCUCCGAGGGGAGGCGGGGGAGCGCCGCGGCCUCGCAGCCGGAGAGAAGUCCGGCCGCGGGGCGAGGAAGCGGCCGCGCCCCCGGACUUUCCUCCGGGAGCGGCUCCGGCGGAGCGCGGCCGCCGGCCCGGGGCCCCCGGCCGGGCACCGCCCCGAGGGCAGCCCUGAGCCGGCCCCGCGGGGCCCCGGCCCGGCCGGCUCUCCCUCCCUCCUUCCCUCCCUCCUUCCCUCCCGGGCCGGAGCGGGCUCGGGGCGCGGAUGCUGAAUCACCGAACGGCGCGCACGGUGCUGGGCGGGCGGGUUCGGGAACUUCGCCGGACCUGCAGACGUGGUGCGGAGCGAUAGCCCCAAGGGUGCGAGUAAACACAUCCCGGGAGCCCCGCACGGAGCGUGUUUCCAGUGGUUUUUAGGUUUCUGUUUGAAUCUCACUUGAUAAAAUGGCCUGGGGUAUCGCACAGGUACAAAGAGGGAAGGAGGGGCUGUUAGUCGCUGGUGUUUUUUUAAGUAAAAAUAAAGCAAUCCAGACCUUUUCACUGCUUUUCCUUCCCCAAUUUUUCACUUGUCAGCGUCAAAAUACAAAAUUAAAUGGUAUGCUGUGGCAAAUAUGACUUUUGCUGGCCUGGUUUCUUCAGAACCAUUUAAUAAUAAAACCUUUGUUGAUUCCUUUUUUAGGUUUGUGAGUAAUUAAGUAGACCUUUGUGACAUUUUCAUAUAAUGUAGGAAAUGCAUUAGAAAGUAACACAUUUGUUUCUACUUACAUACAUAUAAAAUUGUAUGGAGCCAUCCCUAUUGUUUAACCAUGCAAGGAGAGCAGCUGGAUUGUUGGUAUUGCUUUCUUGGCCCUAUCACUGGAAAUGUACUCAUUUAUGCCAAAUAAAAGGAUACAUCCUGAGUUAAA